UUAUAAUUACCGUUAAUGUUACUUAACUGUUUCGACAGAGAAAGCCUAACGUUACUUAAAUCUGAAAGUGUGAGACAAAUCUUUAAUCACAACGUUUCGGUGUUCAAACGCUUCGUUGAGAUCGGCCGUGUUGCAUACAUCUCUUUCGGACCCCACGCUGGCAAGCUGGUGGCCAUCGUCGAUGUCAUCGACCAAAAUAGGGCUCUUGUUGAUGGGCCCUGCACAGGGGUGAAGAGGCAAGCCAUGCCCUUCAAGUGCAUGCAGCUCACAGACUAUGUCAUCAAAGUACCUCACAGUGCCCGCCAGAAGUUUGUGAGGAGAGCCUGGGAGAAGGCCGGAGUCAAUGACAAGUGGGCACAAAGCAGCUGGGCAAAGAAGAUCGAGGCGAGACAGAAGAGGGCCAAAAUGUCUGACUUUGACCGCUACAAGGUGAUGAAGGCCAAGAGGAUGAGGAACAAGAUCAUCAAGCACGAGGUGAAGAAGCUGCAGAAGGAGGCAGCAAAGAAGUGAACAGUUUUCACAAAAUAAAUCUGCUGUUCAAUUGUU